AUGAGCUCUGCUGUGGCUUCGGCCUUGCACGGCUUGGUCGGGCCUCUGGUUGGACUGAACAGGAGGCUGGUUGUUUGCGAGCCUUGUGCUGGAAUAAGUGCCUGGAAAGCCAUAUGUGACAGCGUCGGAUUAGUUUGGCCCCCCGAGGAUUGCUACGAGUUUGAUGCAGCUUUAGGUGCCUUUUGGAGGAAGCAUUUGGGAACACGUGCCCAGUCCAUGCAUCUGGACAAAGCUGGUGACAUCAACUUCAUAAAUUGCAAUGAUCUUGAGAGUGAAGUCGAGGUGCUGGUGGCAGGACCACCAUGUCAGCCUUGGAGUCCCAGUGGCAAGCGAGGGGGUGAAUACGACGACAGGAGUUUGGUUUAUUUGCAGGUGAUCAGCAUGAUCGUGCAUUAUGCACACAAAGGCUCCUUGUUGUUUUUCCUCGUGGAAAAUUCAUCAUUGCUGGCCAAGACUGCUUUCUUAAGGGAUGUCAUGCAAUACUUGUCGGUGGCCAUUCCGUGGUUUGUUGUGGAUUAUGUCCAGCAGGACCUCCAGGCUGUGUUCCCCCAUUCCAGGUCCUUGUUGAUGCAAGGCAUUGGCAACACGGAUCUCGGUUUGCUGUGUGCAAAGCAGCAGCACAAUCUGGAACAGUACAAAGGUUUCGUCAAGCGAGAUUUGCUUGACGGCCACGGCUUUGAGAUUGCGGUCCUGGAAGUAGACAGAGCACCUGGCAACCUGUACGGUUCUCGAUAUUAUCGGGACGUUUGCCCGGCUUUGCGAACUUCAGGUGGUAGCUUGUUCGUGUUGUCCACAGGUGACCUAGAUCAGGAGUGGCGGGACCAGGAGUUCCACCGGCCCUUGACCGCUCAGGAGAGACUUGUGUUGCAGGGGCACAGCGGUGAGUUGUAUUAUGAUUUCUACAGAUCCUCCGACUGUGUGAAAGCCACGGGCAAUGCGUUUCACACAUUGGCUUUGGCCAUGAUGAUGCAGCCUUUGUGUCAGGCUGCAAUGGAUGCUGGAAAGCUGCAAAGCAGCAACCAGCAAGCCCCCUUGCAGCCGAAUGAGGUAGCAACCCUGUGCAGUGUUGCAGAUGCUGGAACUCAAGCUUUCAAAAAGCUUCGGAGAAUAUAG